AUGGAUCCCCCAAAUUCCCAAGAACUCCAACCCCCAGGAUACACCCUCCGCGCCCACCGACCAGGGGAUAUAGGCUGGAUAAUUCACCGACACGCAACACUAUACGAGCAAGAAUAUGGCUGGGGUACAAAAAUGGAAGCGCUAGUAAGCCAAAUUGGUGCAGAAUUCCUCGACAACUACGACGCAUCCACAGACCGGUGCUGGAUCGCCGAGCGCAACAACGAGUUCUUGGGCUGUAUAGUUCUUAUUCGAGACAGAGAUGCCGUCAACACGGCAAAGCUGCGUCUCCUCCUUGUUGAGCCCAGCGCGCGGGGUCUUGGGCUUGGCCGCGCCUUGAUCGAGCAGUGUACGCGGUUUGCGCGCGAGACGGGGUAUGCAAAGAUUCGGCUUUGGACGCAGAAUGUUCUUGUUUCGGCUAGGAAGUUGUAUGCGAAGGAGGGUUAUCGGCUUGUUAGUUCUGAGGAGCAUGGCGCUUUUGGAGAGCAGCUUGUUGGGGAGUGUUGGGAGUUAGUAUUGUGA